GGUAGUGGUAGUAGUAGUAGUGGCAGUAGUAUUAGUGGCAGUAGUAGCAGUGGUAGCAGUAGUGGCAGUAGUAGUGGUAGCGGUAGUAGUGGCGGUAGUAGUGGUAGCAGUAGUAGCGGUAGUAGUGGCGGUAGCAGUGGUAGCGGUAGUAGCGGUAGCAGUGGUAGCGGUGGCGGUAGUGGCCGUGGCGGCGGCGGCGGCGGUGGUGGUGGUGGUGGUAGUAGCAGUGGUAGCAGUAGCGGUAGCGGUAGUAGUGGCGGUAGCAGUGGUAGCGGUAGCAGUGGUAGCGGUAGUAAUGGUGGUAGCAAUGGUAGCGGUAGUAGUGGCGGUAGCAGUGGUAGCGGUAGAAGUGGCGGUAGCAGCGGUGGCAGCGGUGGCAGUGGCGGUGGCGGCGGCAGCGGUGGUGGUGGUGGCGGUAGUAGCAGUGGUGGCAGUAGUGGCAGUAGUAGUGGUAGCGGUAGUAGUGGCGGUAGUAGCUGUAGCAGCGGUGGCGGUGGUGGUAGUGGUAGUAGUGGUAGCAGUAGUAGUAGUAGUAGUAGUAGUAGUAGUAGUGGUGGUGGUAGUAGUAACAGUAACGGUAGUAGUAGUGGUAGUAGUGUCCAGUUCCCACUGAGGUCGACUCCGGGGCAUUUAGGUCCAGUUCUCAAUGAGGUUGUGUCAGGGCUUGUGGUCGAGUUCUCCCUGAGGUUGACUAUAGACCCUAAUGGUCUGAUUUCUCUGAGGUCGACUCAGGGGCCUAUAGGUCCAGUUCUCAAUGAGGUUGUGUCAGGGCUUGUGGUCGAGUUCUCCCUGAGGUUGACUAUAGACCCUAAUGGUCUGAUUUCUCUGAGGUCGACUCAGGGGCCUAUAGGUCCAGUUCUCAAUGAGUUUGCCUGA